AAUACUUUCAACUUCAUAUUCAUCAUUUUCAUUUCAUUAAAGUCAAUAUUGACAAUGUCAUUGAAAACCUGGGACAUCCACAACAACUAACAGUAGGAGGGUUACAAUUACAAUUGGCAUUCAAUAGUGAUAAAUCAGAUCUUUCCAAGAAGAUACUGGUAGUACCAGUGUUAGAAGGUAAUAAUGAGUACCCAUCCAUACGUUAUAUUAAAAUGAUAUCACCAGUUAUACCCGAUAUAAAAUCGUUUAAGUGGUCACUUGUUGGUUUUUUAACAUGGAGAUCCAAAAUAGCAAAAGUUUUUGGAAAGCAAAAAGAACAUAGUGCUUUCAAAUUUUUUAUCCAGAAACUUGCAACUGACGAAAACAAUGCAAAAGCAAAAAGAGCACAGGAGUUGAUUGAUAACUGGAAA